AUGAUCAAACUCCUCUCUGAAAAUUCGAUCCCUCAAGCAUUAGAAGGCUACAAAAUCUUCGCUGAAACACAACGAAAAGUACUUUUUCCCUUUCAACUUCAUCCACCCAUCUCCCCUCUACCACCCCGUCAAACAUACAACCCUCUCUUCUCUCUUCCCUAAUUGGCUUCUUCUCAGGACGGCAAACCAUAUAUCCUCUCCAUGGAAGCAGGGCCUGCCAACGGCCACGUCCGCGACCAAGGCUUCAAUUUUGUAGCCAAGAAUGUUUUCAAAGACAAGGCAGAUAUGGAGUUCUUUGAGGUGGAGUGUGAGGGCCAUAAAGGUUUUAGGGCUUAUUUGAAGGCAAAAGCACCUGUGGUGGAGGGGGGACUCAUGGUUUGUUGGUUUGAGAGCGGGUUUAGUUAUGCUAUAUGA